AUGAUCAUGACCAUGAACUCCUUUACGCCCUCUCUCCUCAAUAUAAUCGUCCUUGCAUCGUUAACGUCAUAUUCGAAUGCUCAAAUCGUGUACAGAAGACGGAGACCAUCAGCUGCAAGAAUCAUAGCAGGAGCCGUCGUCGGUGGUCUAGCGUGCAUAUUCUUCAUCUGCCUCCUCAUGAUUUGCAUGCGCCGCCGGCGCCAACGUCAAACCUUCGCCGUCACGACCACACCUGGCGGAGUGCCUCCUCAACCGCAGUGGGGAACGAAACCCAUGUUCGGCGGACCAUGGGGUCGCUCGAACGCCGGUGUACCACCGCACAAUACAACUCCCCUGACGGCGUAUGGCCACCCGGGGUCAUUCAGCCCGAAUCACCAGCAACCACAGGCUGCGUAUAACCCCGAGUAUCCGCCCCAGAAUGCACCGCUGCCGCCGCCUGCAUACGGCCAAGAUGCGAACUAUGGAGGAGGUAGUCAGGCUCCCCAAGGAACGCCCCAAGCACAGCCAAGUGACAAUCCUUACGCUCCACCUCCCGGACCACCGCCUCCUGCUGUAACGAAAGGAAACGACCAGUCCUUCGUCGUCGUGCUCUUCGAAGGCGCUCAUGCCGGCCAGAUACUUGCUGCGACACUGCCUGAAGGGUGGAGGGUCAUCCUGGUCGACAGAAACUCCCACGCAAACCAUGUAUAUGUGAUGCCUAGAUUUGCUGUUCUUCCUGGCCACGAAUAUAAAGCAUUUAUUCCCUAUACCAAGGUCUUCCUCGUCGAUCCUCCUAAGCCUGAGCAAAACAUACACCUUCAAGCAACAGUCACAUCAAUAAGGCCAACCCACAUCACCUUAUCUCGAGCCUUCCCGGAACUCGGCUUCCCGACUGAGACCAUUCCGUUCGACUAUGCGAUUUACGCCCUUGGUGCGCAUCUUCCGCCGCCUCUUGACCUCUGGGGAACGUGUGCGAACGGAAAACUCAUACCUGAGGCAAAGGCGGCCUCUGCGGUGUACCGCGGUCUCAAGUCGGAAGGGUGCAAUUGGUUCCUGGAGAAGCAGAAAAUUAUCGAGGGUUCUCCGACCGUUCUCGUCGUCGGUGGUGGAGCGCUUGGAAUCCAAUUUGCGACCGAUAUAAAGUCAGUGUAUCCUGCCAAGAAGGUCACCCUUCUCCAUUCGCGCAAGCAACUAUUGCCCAGAUUUGACAUCAAGAUGCAUGAAGAAAUUCUCCGCUCUUGUGAAAAUAUGGACAUCGGAGUUAUUCUCGGUGAGCGCCUCGACAUGGACUCGGUCGAAGACGGGAAGGGUAGGCACAAUGAGCGUGGCCAGAAGGUUGUUCGAACCGUCACCGGGCGUGAAAUCGCCGCAGACCUGCUGCUGCUGUGCAUCGGCCAAUCGCCAAACACUGGGUUAAUGAGGGAGAUGGACCCAGCGACGAUCAACGAGGAGAACAAGCGUAUCCGAGUUCUCAGAACCUUGCAAGUCGCCACUGGGCCAGUUAGACAGGACAUCACUGAUGUCACAUCCGACCUCGAGAAGCUUUCGACUGACGAAAAAUCGGCCGAUGACAAAAAAGCUACCGCCAGCGAAAAAACCGCCGAACCAGUCGUCGAAGAAGAGGAAGAGACAACCGGAUACCCCCACAUUUUCGCCAUUGGAGACUCUGCUGACGCCUUUGGCGCAAUUGCCGCUGGGUAUAUCGCGUAUGCGCAGGCCGAAAUUGCCGCAAAGAACAUUGUAAAGCUCAUUCAGCGCCGCGAAGCCGCCUCUGCAGCCAGUGAUUCCGCAGAGGGUAAGAAGACGAAAUCGGAGCCCCUGGAGCGUUAUACUCCGGCUCCUCCAGGAAUCAAGGUCUCGCUCGGUCUUAAACGUGCCGUUUUGCAAAUGGGACCUAACUUUACCAUUAUAGAGGACGGCGUUCCCGAUCUGCACGCCGCGCAGAUAUGGCCGUUCUUUGGCAUCAAGGUCGAGAAAGAUGAGGAUAUGCGUGUUUAA